AUGGACGAGACCCAGCCACUCCUUUCACCCGUACCGCCGCCUACAACCGCAGCUGGGCAAUAUCCAUACAUUCCCGAUGUGAACAUUCCAAACGAUGAGUCUUUCGAUCAUCGAAUCGAUUUCAAUCCCAAUGGAGAUCCGGAAAAUCCAUUAGAAUGGCCAAAGGCUUAUCACAAUGGAGUCACUUUACUUUUAGCAUUCAUGGCAUUCACAGUAACAUUCACCUGCAUCGGUGUAGUACCCAUCGCCAGACAAAUAAUCCUUGAUCUCGAAAACCAAGAAUCCAAAUCCGCAUCCGUGCUUCUCGUUACCAUUUGGGAACUCGGAGAAGCAGCUGGUCCUUUACUCAUUGCCCCACUUUCCGAAGUCUAUGGACGAGCAGCCGUGUUUAACGUUGCAAAUGUUCUUUUUAUCAUCUGGACAGUCGUGGCAGCUAGUAGUCAAACAUCUCAUUUGUUUAUUUUGUCGAGAUUCAUGACCGGUUGCGCUGUUGCGUCUAAUGUUCUUAAUCCGGCUGUCAUUGGUGAUAUGUUACCGCCUGAUCAAAGAGGCUCGGCAAUGGCAACACUCAUGCUUGCACCACUUUUAGGUGGUGCUAUUGGACCUGCUAUUACUGGAGCAAUUGCUCAAUCGAUUGGAUGGAGAAAUGUUCUUUGGUUUGCGGCGGGUAUGGCUGGAGUUUGUGAGCUUGCUUUUGUUUUCCUGCUUAGGGAGACGUAUAAGACUCGUAUCUUACAGCGAAGAAUCGCGAGGUUACAAAAGGAUAAUGAUGGUCUUGCACUUAAAGCCGUAGUAGAGGAAGAGUGUGAACAUACGGCGAUUGCGAUAUGGAAGGCUAUCAAAAGGCCCGCAGCUGUAUUCGGAGGAUCUUUCGUUCUGCAGAUUUUGUCAUUCUAUGGGGCAAUUAUGUUUACAUUCUAUUACAUUAUGUCGACGACCUUACCAGAGGUACUGAAGAAUAUUUAUGGGUUUCCUCCGGCGACAAUUGGUUCUUCUUUCUUCGCUUUUAGUGUCGGAUCAGCUGUUGCCGUCUUUGUUUGCAAUGUGCUUAUAGAUCGAAUCUAUAUCUACCUUCGAACUAAAAACAACAAUAAAUCACAUCCAGAAUACCGAAUGCCUCUCACUGUAAUCAGUGCUUUUAUUCUUCCAAUCUCGAUUGUUCUUUUUGGAUGGACCGCCGCAAAUGGAUGGCCAGCUGCCUUGCUUCUUUUUUUGGUCGGCCUCCAGGGUUUUGCUAUUCUAACGGGUAUGGUUCCGUUGAUGGCGUAUGUGGUGGAUGCAUUUGGAUUAUUUUCAGCAAGUGCUUUAACGGCCGUACUCAUUACCAGAUGUUUGACGAGUACAUUUUUACCAUUGGUCGUUGGACCCUUGACUGAUGCUCUUGGAUAUGGAUGGGGAUUUAUGAUCAUUUCGGGUAUAUGUCUGGUGGUUGCACCGAUUCCAUUGUUGGUUAUGAGAUAUGGAGAGAAGUGGAGACAGUCGUCUACAUAUACGAGAGAUGAAUGA